CCGACAAAGCGAAAAGCAGCCGUGAACGCACCACCUUUGCUUCGUUAUUCAGCUAGCUUCAAGUCCCCCCGUGCGCGUGAAGUUGUUAGCUCCUGGCUAACUUGUUGAACGCCCCAUAUAGCUUUUAUUAUUAAAGAAAACAAGAGCCAUGUUUUUAAAAUAAGUUUGUUCCGGUGGUUGUUUUGCUCUCGCGGUGAGUAAUUAAAGCCUUCUUGACUUUGGCCUGCUACCAUUUUAGCCACAUUAGCAGCAAUCUGUCGUUUCCUCGGAUUUAACCUGCCUUUCGUUAUCGAAAAAGUGAAAACGAAUGGCUCACCUUUCAUGCUAGCUUGGCACACUAGAACGGAAUUACAAGAAAAAGUUGGAUGUUCUGACAGGACCCAGCACGUUAUUCUCCAGUUAUGACAUUCUUCUUCUCUUGGAGAUAAACACGUGAAGAACAUGGAGCUGUACUGGUACAUAGUCGUCAUCAUAUUCAUCAUUGUGAAGAUAUUCUUCUACGUGUGCUGGUACCGGUCGAGACAGCGGCAGCUGGCGGCAUACCUGAGCAACACGCGCAAUGCCCAGAUAGUCAUUGUCGGAGGAAGAGCCUAUCUUCAUCAGAUGUGUGAGAGGCAGAGUCAAACCUCUGUCUGGCCCAGUUGGUACGUCGUGCAGGACGACCUGUCGAUAGAGGAACCAGCCACAACGGGGCCACAAGCCACUUCCUUCUCCCACCUCGACAUGCCACCACCGUAUGAGGCGGUGUCCGGAGAGGAUGAUCUGAAGCCGCCUCCCUACAGCGAGUGCGCCCGGGGCGACGAGGCGGACGCCUCUCAUCCCUCCCCAAACACUCCUCUCAUCUCUGAGGAGCAGAGCUCCAUAAGCAACAGUGAAGCCCCGCCUCCAUACACAUUGAAUGCUCCAACCGUGGUAGUUCAACAGGACGGCCCUUUAGGCCCCAGCGAGUCCCGGCUAGACGACAGGUCCACCUAAACGCUCACUGAUGCCUUUGUUUCCAUCAGCUGCCUUCUCGGUGACGCCGCCAGCCUAACCUCUCCUAACCCGAGAGAGCUUCUUCUAGUCUUUCCUGAUUGGAUGGAUAUUUGCUUUUUAUACGUAUGUCUUCUCUGGUUCCUUUUUUUAUUACUUUGUACUAAACUGUUGACCUGAUGACACAAAGAAGCCUGCGUGCCUCGCUCAGAACCUCCAGGAAGCCUCUCGCCUUCAGACCUGAAACUUUCAACCUCAUACGGCCAUCGAGGAAAUGACUCGAUUCCACUUCUGAGUGUCCUCUGAAACUCACUCGGUUUAGCAUGAUUCAAAAUGCUAAUGUGGACUUAAAACCUUCCCUUGUACAUAGAAAUGCGUCGUUAUUCGUUACAGGACUGCAGAAAACAAUGACGCCUGUUCUUCUGUGUGGUGGAAAUGAACAAGUUAAUGACAUAAAUGAACAAUUAGUAAAAUAAUACACCCAUCUAGAAACAUUUUGCUCCUCUAUAUUUACAAAAUAGAAGAAAAUGUGAAAGUGUUUAAAAAAAGUUUCCCUCAAAGUACAAUCAAAAGAGUGACCACAUCUUACUUUACAAUCAAAAUUGUCUUUUUAUUUCUCGUCAAAAUAUACUGUACUUGUUUUUAUUUUCUUCUUAACUGUAAGAAUUUCCCCCAAAAUAAUGAAUCUCCUGUUUGUAUUUGAGUAUGUGUGGUGGAACGGUUCAUCUGUGUUUGAACUGGGCCAAAACAGAACCAGAACUUGCUCCUUCGAUGCAGGCCAGUGCCUUGGGUCGUCGCUCCUCUAAUCGGACAAACCCAGACGACUUUUUCAAGCACUUUGGAACGACUAUAGCAGUGAACUUUCUGAAAAUAAAAGCCAUGUACUGUG